AUGCUUAGAGCACUGGUGCAACGGUCUGUUCGUUCGGCGGCUGUUGCUGUGGCACGAAACACUCCAGCCGUUGCUGCUCAUAAACCAGCUAUUAUAUGCACAACACCUAUGACGCUAAACAAAUUGCUUCUGGAGCAGAUUGAUCCAAAAAAGCUGACGCUUGAUUCGGAUUUUUUCGAGGAUUUGGGACUGGACUCGUUGGAUUUUGUGGAAGUCAUUAUGGCAAUAGAGGACGAAUUUCAUUUCGAGAUCCCUGAUGGCGAUUCAGAUAAUAUGAGAACUCCUCGAGAUAUUUAUCAAUAUAUUUGUGAUAGGAAAGAUAUCUACGAAUAG